AUGUCUGGACAGGAAGGUGGCAAGAAGCAGCCCCUGAAACAGCACAAGAAGCAGGCCAAGGAGAUGGACAAAGACCAGGCUUUUAAGCAAAAACAAAAGGAGGGGCAGAAGAAACUCAAGAAGCUAAAAAUGGGGAAAGGUCCCUUGGUCACAGGUGGAAUUAAGAAAUCAGCAAAAAUAAUCCAGUAUUACUUUCCACCUCAAGAUCCUUCACUCAUAUCUGCGAAUUCCCUUUUGCCAAGUUAG